CAGCGCUUGAGUGCGGUUCAGAUCGGUUUCCGAUUCGGAUUCGGUUUCGAUUUCGCUAUUUUCUGUCUGCUGUUUGCUGUUUACUGUUCGCUUUUUCGGUUCGCACAUACAUUCUGUAUGGAAAUUAAAAACAACAACAAGAAGAAAUACACAAAAAGCCCACAAUAACGCCCACGUCUGCAGAGGCGGUGAGAAAAUAAAAAGAAAUCAACCGAAACAAAAAGUGAAAAACAAUAAAGGCCAAGGAAAAUCGCGGUGCAAUAAAAGCUCAACUCAAUCACAAGCGAAAUAAAUUUUUCAGUUCGAGACGCAGCAAUAAAGAAAACAAAUAAAGCUAAAGCUGGGGAAAAAUCAAAUAAAGGUUUCUCAGCAACAAUUAAUUAAGAGUGUGGCGGUGAUUGUUGUUACAGCUUAAAAAAAAAUAACAAAACAAAAAAAAACUAGCUCACAUUUAUUAACAAAAGUUAAGUUUUACGGCUUGGCAGUGAAAUGCAAAUCAAUUAAACACAAAAUUGUUAAAAACAAAAGGAGAAACAAAAAUCGCAAACAAAAACGAAAAGAAAUUUUUCGUUACAAUUUGAUUGCCAUUACACGAGGAAUAAUUGUGUUUUAUUGACCAUGAAAACGAUGGAAAGUCCGCGACUCUAAAAUAAAGAAAAAUAAUUAACGAAAAUUCCCGAAAAUAGUGUGCGUGCAAAUCUUUAAAAUAAAAGCAAUCGGAGAGAUAAAUCGUUAAAGAAAAAUUCCCAGCCAAGUGACCAAAAUGGCAAAGAGUGAAAAUCAAAUUUAAUAAUCCAUAAAAAAAAAAACGAAAAUAGAUAGAUAGUUAAACAUUUACCAGACACUUAAAACAAGGCGUUAAUUUAACGAUCAAAGCCAAAUAGCUCAACCGCAACUGAACUGAAAGUCUAACAUGCGCCCGGCACGUUACCGAUGAAGCAAGCGACUUUAAUCAGACCCAGACUCAGACACAGAAGCAGAAGCAUAGCAGCAGCAGCCACCAAGAUGUGUCCCAAACGGCAUUGGCUAGUCAACAGAGCAGCGGGCUCGCAAGGAUCGAGAGGAGCUGCGGCGAGGAGUAGGCGCAGUCUAGACCAAAUAGUAGAAGUAUUAGUAGCCUUAAUCUUAGUCAAUUGUCUGGCCACGGCAGCAGCGGCGCUGAUCACACCGCCCGACAGUCUCGAAACGCUGUCCCUGGGCUCACCCACCUCCAACGAGGAUGAUGACAUGACCGGUGGCUUUUACCGCAGCCCCCACCGUCUGGAAGGCUAUCCACAGAUGCAACAGCUGCAGCGCGGCCAGAACUUUAAGAUUAGCCCCAAGCCAUGCUCUUUUGGUCGCGUCGAGGGCACCUGCAUGUUUGUGUGGGAGUGCAUCAAGUCCGAGGGCAGGCACGUGGGCAUGUGCGUCGACUCCUUCAUGUUCGGCUCCUGCUGCACGCACAACUAUACCGACAACAUCGUCCUGCCGCAGACCGCCUUCUCCUACACGAGGCCCACCAAGCCGCUUACGCUCCGUCCGCGUCCUCCGGCGCCCUACAAGCCCAUGAUCAGUGGCAUGACCACCAUAGAACGUCCUCAUGGCGCUGGCACCCUUGUGAUUCGUCCUUCGGGUCCACACCAUCAGGGAACUCUGGCACGCCCGCAUCCGCCGCCAUACCAGAGCAAGCCCACCACCGCGUCGGAUCUGCAAAGCUCCGCCUCACAUCCCAGCUCUAGUUCCAGCUCCAGUUCGAGUCCCAAUAGCAUUUGGCAUACAUCGACCCAGCAGCAGCAUCAGCAGAAUCAGCAGAACCACUGGCAGAUGACCACCGAGCCGAGCUUUAUUACCAAGCCGCGACCCACCGGCUGGACCAAGCCCGGCAUCGUCAAUUUGCCAAUGCCCGCGCGACCCUCGAAACCAUCGAAGCCCACAAAGAAACCGAUUGUCUACGACCGGACACCUCCGCCACCGUCCGGUGCACCAUCAACGUCCACCUCGACGACAUCAACGACGUCGCUGAUUUGGCCAGGCCAGACGCAUCACCCCCAGCCGCCGCAUCGCCCCACCAGGCCGCAGCUGUCGCCGGGCACAUCAUUAGCCGCAUCCUCGUCCUCGGUUUGGCCAUCGCCAACCACCUCGACGACAUCUACAACAACGACAACAACUACUCGACGGACGACCACACCGGCCACCACAACGAAAAAGACCACGACAAGCAAACCCACAAGGCCCUACCAGCGGCCUACCACGGCGAUCUCCAGCACCUUGGGCUCAACUUCUACAACCACUGCGGGCAAGACACCCACCACGACCAGGCCGAUUAGCUCCAGCAGCAGCGGAAUCGUCACCAGCAGCCAACGUCCCACGCAUCGUCCGCCGGUCUUGGCCACCUCCGGCAUCGAGACCAAUGAGAUAACGGACUCCUCCAGCCCCGACUCCGGUGCUCUUGGCCAUGUGAAGACCAUCUCAGCAGCACGCAGUGAGUGCGGAGUGCCGACUUUGGCGCGACCAGAGACGCGAAUCGUGGGCGGUAAGAGUGCGGCCUUCGGUCGUUGGCCCUGGCAGGUGUCGGUGCGGCGCACCUCCUUCUUUGGAUUCUCCAGCACCCACCGCUGCGGUGGCGCUUUGAUCAACGAGAACUGGAUAGCCACCGCCGGACACUGCGUGGACGACCUGCUCAUCUCACAGAUACGCAUCCGCGUGGGCGAGUACGACUUCUCGCAUGUGCAGGAACAGCUGCCCUAUAUUGAACGCGGGGUGGCCAAGAAGGUGGUGCAUCCCAAGUACAGCUUCCUCACGUACGAGUACGACCUGGCGCUGGUCAAGCUGGAGCAGCCGCUCGAAUUCGCGCCGCAUGUCAGUCCCAUUUGCCUGCCCGAGACUGAGAGCCUUCUAAUUGGCAUGAACGCCACGGUAACCGGCUGGGGUCGUCUCAGCGAGGGCGGCACCCUGCCCUCCGUUCUCCAGGAGGUAUCCGUGCCAAUUGUGAGUAACGACAAUUGCAAAUCGAUGUUUAUGCGCGCCGGUCGCCAGGAAUUCAUUCCGGACAUAUUCCUGUGCGCAGGCUACGAAACAGGAGGCCAGGACUCCUGUCAAGGCGAUUCAGGAGGUCCACUACAGGCCAAAUCCCAAGACGGUCGCUUUUUCCUAGCCGGUAUCAUCUCCUGGGGCAUUGGCUGUGCUGAGGCCAAUCUGCCUGGAGUUUGUACGCGAAUCUCCAAGUUUACGCCGUGGAUACUGGAGCAUGUCAGAUGAUGAUCAGCCUGGAGAACAUGGCGAUUAUAAUAAUGGCAGCUCGACUUUUGUUAUUUGUUUUAAUUUAUCAGUUGUAUCUAUAAGUCUUGUGUGAUUUAUCUUAAAGGAAUGUUAAGCGUAGUUAGCUUCAAUUUAACAAUUUUAACAGCAUUGACCUUGACUUGGCCUUGUGGGCCACUGCCACGCCCCUAUUCGCACUCACAUUUACGCACACUCACAUACAUCCACACACACACACACACACACACAGUCAAAGCCCACUAAGUUAGUCUAGCGAAAAUGUUAGCGCUGUAAGUUGUCUAACAAGGAAAUCGACUGGAUUUCAAAAAGGGAUUAUCUCUUUGUACAUAUAAAGCCGCAAGGGUUUUGGGGGAUGGGAAGAGGGGGGAUUGAGAGUCAUUUGCAUGUCCACAAGUUGUUGGUAUUUUAGUAUAGUAAUAUUUAACAAUUAACUAAAUCUAUAUUUAUUGUAAACAAAUGCAUGCAGACAUCCGAACGUUUUGUUUGUAUCUUGCCCAAAGAACAAGUUUAUCUAUAGCUAUGCGAAAGCUCGAGAGCAAUAAAAGAUUACUGAAAAUAUUGUCUAAUAAAUAACAUAGCCCUCGGAGAUCUGGUCCAGGUCUAGAGAUACCCAUCGACAUAAGAGUUGAUUUCCUCCAAAGCAAUUGUAGACCCCCGAGGGCACAUCGGAAUGGUCAUAACCAUUCACACAAUUUGCAGUCAUCGCCAUGUUCGGCUGCGGGCCAUUGACGAUGAUGAUUGGCACAAUCGAUUUGCACGUGGGGAGAUGCGAAAGAUGGGAGACAUCCGCAGCCGGCACUUUCCUAUGGAUUUCACUUUUCAACAGCUCACUGGCGUGACAUU